GGCUGGGGUGCCGGCUCAAGCUUGCGGCCAGCCCAAGAAGCGGCAAUCCGCGCGGUGCUCGAGCGGCGAGACUCACUCAUCGUGCAGAGCACAGGCUUCGGCAAGUCGCUCUGCUUCCAGCUCCCUGCCGCGGCGUCGCCGGGUGUCACCGUCGCCAUCACUCCUCUCGUCGCCCUGGCUGCUGACCAGCUCCGCGAGUGCGGUGAGCGAGGCAUCUCUGCGGCGUCGUGGUCGGCGUCGCUCGACGCGGCGGCCCGAGACGCUCUGGCGGCGGACCUGGAGGAGGAGGCGCCCGACACCAAGCUGCUCUACCUGACGCCCGAAGGGCUGCAGACGCCGCGCGUCAAGGAGAUGCUGCGCAGCCUCCACGGGCGGGGCCUGCUCGCUGCAUUCGCGGUCGACGAGGCGCACUGCGUCAGCCAGUGGGGGCACGACUUCCGACCGAGCUACCUCGAGAUUGGCGCCAUCCGCAGCCAGCUGCCCGGCGUCCCCUUCCAAGCGCUGACGGCGACGGCGACAGACAAGGUCCGCGCGGACGUGUGCCGCUCGCUCCGCCUGGCGGACGAGGUGCGGGUCAUUGGCUCGGUGGACCGGCGCAACCUCUUCUGGAGCGUCGCGAGCGGCUUCGUGAGCGACGAGGACGAGCUGGAGGACCUCUACGAGUGGCUGUGCGACCACGAGGGCAGCGGGAUCAUCUACUGCGCGUCGCGCAAGGGGUGCGAGACCCUCGCGACGACCCUCUCGGAGGCAGGGGUAGACGCCUCCGCCUACCACGCCGGCCUCCCGCGCGAGGCGCGCGAGCGGCUGCAGCUCGACUUCCUCGACGGGACUGCGCGUGUGCUCGUCGCGACCAUCGCCUUUGGCCUCGGCGUCAACAAGCCGGACGUGCGCUGGGUCCUGCACUGGGACCUGCCAAAGAGCCUCGCCGCGUUGGUGCAGGAGGCGGGCCGCGGAGGCAGGGACGGCGCGCCGGCC